AUGAGUGAUUCUAAACCUGUGCAGACUCCUCUGGCCCCACAUUUCAAACUGACCAAAGAUCAGUCUCCCACAAUUGAUGAAGAAAGAGCUUUCAUGGACACCAUACCCUAUACUAAUGGGGUUGGUAGCCUAAUGUAUGUCAUGGUGUGUACUAGGCCUGACUUGGCCUACUCACUAAGCAUAGUAAGCAGAUUUAUUGGUGAUCCAGGACAAGAGCAUUGGUCAGCCUUGAAAUGGAUUCUAAGGUAUGUCAAGGGCUCACUUGACAUUGGUCUCACUUUUGGAAAUAAGUCUAAUUCUCAAGAGGAAUUAACUGGGUUUGUGGACUCUGAUUAUGCUGGGAGCAUUGACACCAGAAAAUCACUCACAGGUUAUGCUUUCACAGUAUUGGGAGGUUGUGUAAGCUGGAAAUCCAAUCUUCAAAAGGUUGUGGCUCUCUCAUCUACUGAAGUUGAAUAUAUGGCAGCAACUAAGGCUGUCAAAGAAGCCAUUUGGCUCAAGGGUCUCACAAAAGAAUUGGGGUUUAACACAGAUGAUGUCACUGUGUAUUGUGACAACCAAAGUGCUCUCCACCUAAUGAAAAACCCCAUGUUUCAUGAGAGAUCCAAGCACAUAGACAUCAAACUUCAUUUUAUCAGAUAUGUUGUUGCAAGGAAAGAAGUAACCAUGAAGAAAAUCAACACUGCUCACAACCCAGCUGACAUGCUAACCAAGUGUGUCACCCAGGCCAAGUUCAGACAUUGUCUGAACUUACUAAAUGUUAAUGGCUACUGA